AUGUCGUAUUCCUCUAGUAAGGAUAACGAACGAGGCUACGAGUCCACGAGGGGCUCUCGUAGCAGAUACGCCGAUUAUGACCUGGGAGAUGAUGAGGAACACGACCUCAAGCGAUAUCGAUAUGAUCGCGGGCGAGAAGGCGAUCGAACCGAUGAUCACAGUUCCCGUGAACGAGAAUCGUACAAGAGGUCUUCCGAUUCAUACCACCUAACAAGAACCACCAAGGCCACACAGCAAAAGUACUCCGGUACAGAAAUUUAUCCACGAAAGGAUGCUAACGACAAGACACACCGUAAGGCUCAGGCUGUGCGGUCAAACACCAGGAUUGAUGAAAAUGAUGAGAGAUACAAUGCCGACCAUGUCAAGCGCGAGAAGUUCUCCUGGGAGAACAGGGAUAAUUUUGACGGGGCUCGCAAGCAGGGAAUUGAGGCGAGUGACUGGGCCUACCCUCAGAAUGAUUACAAGCAUAGUAGGUCUGGAGAUUUCAAGCGUCGCCCGUCUCUUGACCGUGAUGUUAUCAACAAGUGGAACACUGAGCGCUGA